UCCUUUCAGUCGGUAGCGUUAGACUAAAGGCUGCGUAUUUCCAGUGUUUUACUGCCGCAUUUUUUUUAGAAAUUUAAGCAAACAUCUGCUAAACUUGUAAGAUUGUGUUAAUUAAGCAAUCUGUUUGUGCAGCUGGAUUUGACCCUAAAAAGCCCUUAGACAGUCUAUGGUAGCAAAAUUGCUGCCGCCAUGGACGCCCUAAUACCCGGGAUGCUAGAUGUGUGCGACCCCGAUCUGUCAUCAAUGAUCGAACUGCCGGCACCACCUGAACUGAACAUAAACACCUUUUGUCGGGCAACACCUGAAGACGACGUGACCAAAGAAAAUGUCCGCCCGGCUGGCAUGGAGUCGGGAAACAUGACUCCCAUGUUUAUGCUUGAUGGCAGCUACGAGCAGGAUCAGGAGAAAAGAAUCGACGGCCCGCCUGCUGUGUCUGCUGGCAGUGACAACCUGAUCAAAAACAACGAUUGCAACAAAGUCAACCCCCUGAAUCUGGAAGGUAAAAAUGUAGCCUAUGAAGAGUGCCGAGAGGCCUCUACAGACGAAACCAGCUUUCAUUCAGCAUCAGGGGAAGAUUUUCCUGUAGAAAUGGUAGACAUCGACGAGAAUGAGAAACCGGCAGAGGUUGAUGCCAUUGAGGAAGCUGCUGCCCUGCUGAAGGUUGAGGAGGAAGCAGCAUUAGGCGAAUUUCAAGAUGAGGCCGUUGAGAAAGAUGGAAUGUCUGUUGAAGGCAUGGUACCACCUGAAGAGGAAAACGAUGACGUGCCCGAAAUCAAUGAAGAUGACCUUGGCAUCAAAAUUGAAGAGGACGUGAAUGAAGUGAGUAGAAAUGAGAAAUCUCCGAGGAAAAAUCGCUCCACCAAUUUGGGAAAUAUAUACUUGAAGGCGAACAAAAGAAACCUACGGGGGCACACAAAAUCGUAUUCUGAGUCUGUUGAAUCAACAGAUGAGAUGGAUGAUGUGAGAUCGUCGCGUUCAAGCAGGACCAGCUUGCCCAGUAUAACACGAGUAUGUUGCCUCAAGUGUGGGGACAAAUUCAAAGACGGCCCAUCUCUGAGGGCGCACUUUCGCGUGAAACAUCCUAAGUUCACGGAAGAUGCCAUCUCAAUGUGCGGCAAGAUCAUGCAAUAUAUUGAUUGCCCUGACUGCAAGGAUCGUUUCCAGGUCAAAUCGGCCUUUCUGAUGCAUGCGUUCAAGAUUCACUCGCAUUCUAAAUAUCUAUUCGACAAAGUCGACGUGUAUGACGCUGAGCUGUUGUCCGACUUUUUGAAGACUCUGAAGGUGACGGUCAAAUCAGAACCAAAAGAUGCGUCGCCACCGAAGUCAAGCCCAGCAAAGGCGGAUAGAGCGCAGAUGCACACAUGCACCUUUUGCACUAAUGCCUACAAUAGACGGGGCAAUCUGUACAAGCACAUUAUGUCCAAGCAUCGCAAGACGUUCAAAGAAAUUCGGCAGUUUGCCAAAGCUGAGCCGGAUACUGAAUCUGAAGCGGAUCCCGAAUCUGAACCGGAAGAUGUUCCUGAACAGUCGGAUUCUGAAUCUGAACCUGUUCUUAAACCUGAACCUGUUCCUGAACCGGAACCUGUUCGUAAACCUGCUCCUAAACUUUCUACAAAACCUGCUCCUAAACUUUCUCCUAAACUUUCUCCAAAAUCUGUUCCUAAACUUUCUCCUAAACGUUCUCCAAAACCUGCUCCUAAACUUUCUCCUAAACGUUCUCCUAAGCUUUCUCCUAAGCCUUCUCCUCAGCCUUCCAGAACGUCAGUGGCUCCCAGACCAAAACCCAGACCAAAGAGUAAGCAAGUGCCGCAAGCACGAAAACCUUCUCCUGCUAAGUCUGUGAGCCCGCGUCCUGUGCAGUCUGAGCCAGUGCCAGUGCCUGUAACUGUGCCAGUCUUGCCAAAAUCAUUCAAUUGUGAGUGGUGCCGAGAUCGCAUGAAGACCAUGGAUCAACUCAACAAGCACCUCAAAUCCAAGCACCUCAUGCCUGAGAACGUGAACUCAGAUGGCUUCUUCCUACCAGAGUUUUACACCGCCUUAGAGUUGCAUUUCGAUGUGUACGAGAAGGAGGAGAAUUGCUAUGAGUGCGUCAGCUGCAAGGAGACAUUUUUUGAGAAAGUCGGUCUGCUCGAACACUUUUCAGGCGAGCAUCUGAAGAGCCGAGUAGAGAACAUGCAGAUUAGACUGGAGUGUAGCAUUUGCAGCCACAAGGAAAUUGACGUAGGCAAGCUGAUUGAUCACAUGUGGAAUGAGCACGCAAACCAGAGGCUGGAAGAGGUGGUGAUGCGUGUGCGCGACGUGAGAAUUGGCCAUCGCUGCGGCACUGAGUGUCGCUUCCUUUGGAAUAAGCCAGUCAUGUCAGUUGAUGCGGCGCCAAGGGAAGCGGCGGCGGUAGCUCAGAAGCGGCCCACACGGGUCACACUUGAGCCACCCCAGCUGGAAAAGAGAAGACGAGUGGAGAAGACGCCUGAGGUUGAUGCAAUGGACUGCGACAAUGACGGAGUUGAUGAUGAAAGGAGUGAGGUGGACAAAUUGAAAGAGCAGAACUCACGUAAUCUAAAGAACCGCGAAGAAUUAUCAAGAUUGACCAAUCAACAGAAGGAAGAGGAGCGGAGGCGCAAGAAGGAAGAUUACUACCAAAGAAUCAAGGCUCAGAAGGUACCAGAGAAAGCUAAGUCCACAUCGCCUUCAAAUUCUAAACAGCGGUGCCUUGUUUGCAACGUUCUGUGCGCUGAUAUCCAGAAGCAUACUAAAGAAGAGCAUGGUGAAAAAAGAAGCCCAAGGAAAAGUUCUAGGACCUUGCAGAGCAAUGUAAGGCUGAUGGAGACUGCUAGUUCACCAGCCACCAAUUCCAGAGCACGAUCUCAGCCAUCAAAGCCAUCAGCGGUGCCGUCUCCCAAGAGUAAAUCACCGGAGGCAAUCGCGCGGUGCCGCAACUGCAGGGCCUCAUUUCCAGACGUUGUGUCCAUGAUGCACCACCAAUAUUACUGUACAGGUCGGGACGGUUCCUUGCCGAAAGCACCUGCUGAGCCUGAAGUGAAGGUUCCUAAGAACGGCCAGUUUGUGCUGAUGGACCAGGAACCUGCGUUUAAGUGCACCACGUGCAAGCUGUCCUACGAGACGGUCAGUGAAUGGCAGGCGCACAUUCAGGAGAAUCACCUUGACGAACUUAACUGCGAGCUAUGCAACACUCCAUUCCAAGAUGAACUAAGACUGGCUAAGCACCUAAACAUGGCGCACAAUGUCGGCUACCCUUGCGUUCCCUGCGGCUCCAGCUUCUCUAACAAGAAAGUAUUCCUCAGACAUGUUUCUCUCGAGCAUAAGAUGAAUCAGAAUUGGUUCAACGGAAUCUCACUUGCUGACGUGGAUCAAAUCAUCAAAAUAUUUGGGGACCAUGGUUUCAACAAUGCAACACAGAGAUGCGCUCCUGCUGAAGCUGGAGGAGCGUUGAAGGAUGAAUCUCGGGGAAUUCUGUACCAAUGUGAGUUUUGCAACGAGUGCUUCACCAGCCGUCUAGAGGUCAAUGAUCACAUAAUGUAUGCUCACGAAACCAAUUAAGAGGACAACAGAAAGAUCAGUGGCUUUUGUUGUUUAAAAUAGUGGAUCAUCUAAGAUUGAUCCUUUUAAUUUGACUAUGGCCUUUUAAUUUUCAAACGUAGCGUAUUGAAGGAUGCAAAAUGAUACAAAUAUUUUAGCCAAUUUGAAUACAUUGUUUAUUAUGCAAACUGAUAUCAUGUACACUGACCCUCAUAUUAAUAAAAGCCAUUCAUCUAAAAACGAA